AACCACAGGCUUCGGUUUAGUCAACGGGUUUAGUCAACAGUGACGAGUUUCUCAGUACUUUCCAUUUCAGCGUGCAUACAUGUUUAUUACAUUUUUAACCAAAAUUGAAUAAAGCUGCCAUUAUGGACGCACAGCAAAGUCUGAUGGAAGAGCAAAACGCGACCGUUGAAACCUAUUGCCAUGGGAUCGAUGAAUUUCUGGUAAAAUUCAAAGAAAGUCGAGAUUUAGAGGCUUUAACCACCAUCGAUGAAUGGAACGUACUCGGCAUGAUCUACCAUCUGAAAACUGGGGACGCCAAAUCGGCUAUUAUCAAAUACUUGGUCUCUCAUGAUGAAAUCUUUGAUAUAUUUACGCUAUUUUGGAAGAGCCUUGUGAAAGGAAAAUUCUCAUUUUUUCUCAAGUUGAAGAAGAAGAAGUUGUUGGCUCUGUUGAAUAUUAUUGGCAAUCUAACUGAUUGUUCGGAUGAGUUCAACUAUGCCUUUGGUAAUAAGGGACUCCUAACUUUGCUCUUUCGCGAUCUCAAGACGAGAAAUCUCGGCGACAGCCUUAUCUGUUACGCACUUAAGAUCAUCUACAACAGUUGUUGGAGAGUUCCCGAGAACAGAGUGAUAUGUCGAGAGUUCGUUGAUACCCUCCAGGAGUAUUCACAAUCGAGGAGCCCUGAGAUUCAGGCCAUUGCCUUCUUGGCGCUUUCCUACAUCGUCGACAAAUCAGAAGUUCAUAAGAUAUCCCUGAAUGAACCGUGUCUGAAAUUCCUCCUACACGCUCUUAGGUCGGCCAUGAAUGAACCAGAUGGCCGAUCUCGGGUCUACUUCUACUCGACAUUCGAGGUCCUUCAAGGACUCAACCAGCUGGCCAUCAACGACUGCAAUAAGAUUCUCAUCGUAAAACUUGGUUGGAUAGACGUCCUGGAGCGAAUCUUGGUGGACGAAGGAUCGAGCAACGAAGAAAAGCUUUGGGCUGCCCGUGGAAUAUGGCAACUUGCUUUCAAAGAAGAGAACAAAGUCAAGAUACGUCAACGCACAACACUCCUCAACACGCUGAAGAAGAUCAAGGAAACGACUAAACAUUCUGCUGUGAAGGAAGCCUGCUCGGGCGCACUCUUCGUCAUCAAUGAAGUGUUCGACAUCGAUGACGAGUUCAAAGGUCACAUGGUGAAGAGUGAGGUAUCGUCCGGUCAUGUGGAGGGUCAUAUUAUGAUUAGCUACCAGCAUGCGAGCCAGGAGCGAAUGCUGCAAGUCAAGAGCUAUCUGGAAGAAUCUGGAUACAACAUAUGGAUGGAUGUGGACAAAAUGAAAGGUGACAUACUGGAUUCCAUGGCCAAGGCAGUCCAGAGAGCUUCAGUCGUACUGGUUUGCAUGAGUCGUAAAUUCAAAGAGAGUCAACACUGCCGCACAGAAGCGACAUACGCCUACACCCUAAAGAAAGACAUAAUUCCCCUGAUGCUUCAAGAUCAAUUCACCCCAGAGGACUGGCUCGGUGCCCUCAUGGGGAUGAAGAAGUAUUACCCCAUGUUUUCAGACGAUCUCAUGAGACAGUGCCUACCCGAUCUGGUCUCUGAGCUAAGCGAUAGAGGCAAACGUGAGAAACUAGAUCUGACUUUGCCGUUGCUUUAUAAAGUCACAGGUGCAAGCAAUCUAACAACCCAUGUACCACCAGAAAACGACGUAGACUGCAGUGGAGGAAUCAAAGAUGACAAACCAACAGGCAAUGAAGACGAGAGGAAUUCCCACUCGCAAAAAGUGGUAGAUUUGGUCCCGUGGGAUGAAGAUGUAGGAGAAUGGCUGAGAUCGCAUGGAAUUGAUAUGAGCAAGGACAUCUUCAAGAAAGUGGAAGGCAUCCGCCUGAAGCAGAUCAAGAAACUACUAAACCUGGCUCCAGAAUUUUGCCUGACGUCUCUGAAAGACGAAUUGUGUCUUAGCUUGCGGGACGUCCUCUCGCUAGUAGAUGCGUUGGAGAAGCUCUCAAUUUGAAGAAUCAGUCAUGCACCAUUCAUUAAUAGAUGCAAUUGGAGAUGUAGGAUUACAAAGAGAGUGGCGGGGCAAGGAAGUGAGCAUUUUCUUCACCAUUACAAUUCUCAAAAAUAUUUUCAAAGCAACGAAAACAGGGACAGAAUAACGUUUAACAGAAUCUCUGAUAAAUUGAUGCAUUUGUCUGAACAUUAAUCAGUGCUAAUUUGAUAGACAUUUUAUUUAUCUACUGGGAUGGUAUGAGAGAUGAUAUCCCCACGUAAACAAGAGAACGAGAGAGAGAGAGAGAGAAUACGGAGGAAGGAAGAUGAAGGUUCACAUUCUGUACCAAAGGAUUUUUUUAACAUAACCCCCUCGUGUCUUCAAUAAUAGCAUGGGAUCAAUUGGACAGAUCAUUUUUAAAAAAACAUGUCCAUGCACCUCAAACACUUCAGUAAUGUCCGUUCCCAAUAAAAGAAAAUGCCGAGAGGUUUCUAUUCCGUCUCGUGAUUGAAUUUCGACUGUUAUUUCUCAUUAGUAUAUUUCAACGUAUUUCUCCCGUAUGAAUCACACCAUUGGUUUAUGAUGCGUUCACACUUAGAUUUAGCUGUAUGUCCAGGGGGUGUUUCACAAAGAUCCUAAGUCGAACUUUACUCUAAGUUAGACUUAACAUCUAUGGAUAGCCAUUUGUAGCCUUAAGAUGGAAUAAAUUCAAAAGCGAAAAAUAAAUUACUUUAGACUUUCUUUAAAUUCCAUUUCAAGAACAUGAAAUCUCCUUGAUAAUAGAAAAUAUGAAUGAUUGAAUCAACAUUUUAUGCCUUGUAAAACUUUUA